AUGACUAAUAUACCUCCGUUGGAAAAUCAACGUGUGAAUCCAUCAUCACUCUUGAAACCCCCCAAAUCCUCGCCCUCUUUCGACAAUGGUUUUAUUCGUUCAUUCUCACCUAUUCGUCGACGAACUACUGACGAAACUAAUGGCAUAGCAUAUAGUUCAAGCCAAAACGAAACAUUUACCACAGACGCCUCUACAACCCGUCAAGAUGUGUCAAUUCCUGUUGUUUGUAUGGAACAACGAGCACCAAAUAAUACUGAAAUUGAAGAUGAUCUUCCAUAUUCGAUGAAAACAUUUAGUCGCCGAAAACAAGGCAACAAAAAUGAAGAUAAAAAAUUAUCGAGAAGAGUACGACGUUUUUAUCGAAAACAAGAUGAAUUAAUUGAUACAUUUGAACGAGUAAAUAACUAUAACGAAGAUGAGGCAGACAAACGUAAAGUAAAGGCAGCAAAACAAGAAAAAAUGUCCAAUAUAUUGACAAACGUAUCACUAGCUGUCAAUAUACUACUGUUUCUGACAAAAAUUGUUGCAGCCGUGUUAUCAAAAUCGCUAUCAGUUGUAUCCAGCGUGAUUGAUAGUGCUGUAGAUCUUGCAUCAAGUGUUGCACUGUUGUGGGCUUCGCGCGCGCGCAAAAAGAAAGAUCCGUAUAAUUAUCCACAGGGACGUACUCGUCUGGAGCCAAUAGCAAUUAUUAUUUUGUCUGUUAUUAUGUGUGCUGCAUCCGUGUUAGUUAUAUAUGAGUCAUUGAAUACAAUUGUUCAAGAUGUUCAAUAUUUUCAUAGAAAACCAAACUCAACAAUAUCAUUACCGAAAAUAGAUAUGAGCGCAGCACCAAUAUCAAUUAUGGCUAUCACGGCUGGUAAGCAUAAUACAACGUUAUACAUAACCGAUCUACUUAGGGCAUACCAAAAGUAGUGGCAGUGGUAUUUUUAUCCCUUAUAGAAAGGUUAAAGAAACUUUCUUUUUAUAUAGUCUGAUAGAGAAAAGAAUGUUCUAUUUUUCUAUGCUAUUUGAUC